UUCAAGAGUUGACACACUUCAUAUUCUGGUUGAGUUUCGUUUUGUUGUUUGAUGUCCGGUGAUUUGCAUACGAAAAAAAAAGUUGAAAGACAACAUUUUAAUAGGCGUUACCGAGAAAUAAAGGCUUAAAACGCAUUGCAAAAAUUAAAGAUUUGAAAAAUGUCCGCAAAGCGUAAGGCAGGUGGUAAUGGAACCGGUCCCAACAAACGUCGACCAAAGAAGAAGGAAUCUGACUAUGAGGACGAAUUCAGCGAUGAGUCUGACGACGAUGUUGGCCAACAAUUGCAAAGGGGAACCCAAAUGGAAGUUCUAAUACCACACGAUAACAUCGAUCCACCCAGCAAAUUACCGGAGGAUUUGCUUGCUACAUUGGAAAAAACACCAGGUCAGUUGCUGCUGGCUGGCAUGGUUACCUGGGAUUUAACUGGCAAGCGCGAUCGAAAAAAUGUCGCAAAAGUGCGUCCCAAUCUUUAUAGCUUUCAUCGCUUCACGGAUGGAAAGUAUCGCUCUGUAGCUAGUGGUCCCACUGCUGCGCACACAAUAUUAAUAAACAUGGAUCGCAAGGCACUUGGCUUUGGACGUAAUCCUAGCGGCCAGCUAGGUCUUGCCCAGGAUAUGAAGCUGGUGGAAAAGCCAACUUUAAUUCCAGCAUUAGAUCAUUUAAACAUUGUUCAAGCAGCCGCUGGGCGUCAUCACACGCUCUUCCUCACAGAUAUGGGCACCGUAUAUGCUUGUGGAGAAAAUAAGUCUGGGCAAUGUGGUGUGGGAAAUACGCAUCCGAAUAUUUAUGCACCAACGCCGAUUAAUUAUCGUGGUCCUCCCAUAAUUCGCAUUGGCUGCGGUGCAGAAUUCUCUGUUAUUCUUGAUAUUAAGGGUAAUUUGCAUACCUUUGGACUACCGGAGUAUGGUCAACUCGGCCACAAUACGGAUGCCAAGUAUUUUGUAAACGCGAACAAGCUCUCAUUCCAUUUCGAAACUUCACCGAAAAAAGUAGUACUUUACAUUGAGAAGAGUAAAGAAGGACAUGUGACACCCGUUGAUGGUGUACAGAUUGUUGACUUUGCUUGCGGUAAUAAUCAUACGGUGGCGAUUGACUCCAAGAAGCGCGUCUAUAGCUGGGGCUUUGGCGGAUUUGGCCGCUUGGGUCAUGCUGAGCCAAAGGACGAAAUGGUUCCACGCCUUAUGAAAUUCUUUGAUGCUCAAGGUCGUGGCGGGCGGAGUGUAUAUUGUGGCUCUACUUUCAGUUUAAUAGUUAAUGAGUUGGGAUUACUAUUUCUCUUUGGACAGAACAAGAAAACAGGAGAGGCGAACAUGUAUCCAAAGCCUGUACAGGAUUUGGCAGGCUGGAAUAUAACAUCAAUAGGUUGUGCUAAUACAUCUAUUAUGAUAUCUGCAGACGAUACACUAAUUGCAUGGGGCGCAUCGCCUACCUUUGGCGAGUUGGGAAUUGGAGAGUUCCAAAAAUCAUCGACGGUUCCAAAAGAGGUACCUAAAAUGGACAGCAUUAAAAUACCUCAGGUUACUAUGGGCUAUUCCCAUACAGUUCUUAUUGUGGAUACAACUCACGAAGCCACAAAACAGAAAUUUGAUAAAAUGCCUGAAUAUACCAUUGAGGAUUGAGAUGCGUAAAUUCAUCCUAUCAUAAAAAUUGAACAUUAAUCAUACCGCUGCCAACAAUAAUACUGCUCUAUAUACAUAUAAAUACAUACAUAGGUACUAAAAAAAGUUUGAACUGAUCAACGAAACACUGCUGCUACUUAUAGACCCGGGACAAUGAAGACAUAAAGAAUAGAAUUACUCUACAUUUAUAAGUUUCACUAAUCCGAACACAUCCAAUACGUAUAUCUCAAAUAUUAAUUUUAUAUUAUCAGCAUUACAAUUACAAUCCAUAUUAUUUUGGUAAUUAGUUUUCGUAAUUUCUAUUUCAUAUAUUCUAUUUAUAAUCUAAUUUGUAAAACUUCUUUAUGUAUUAAUUUAUUGCCAUUCAAAAAUAGGCAUACACUCACAAAUCUUCUAUUUCAAUAAUAAAUACUUUUAUAUUUGAUCUUA